AUGCAUCUCAGCUCAUUCUCAGAUCCUCUUAUAGAUGAUCUAUAUCCUAAACAGUCUCGAGUCACUGUGGAUUGGUGCACUGCACAAGUUGUCCCCAUCUUCAAAGGUAAAGGCAAUCCAUUGGAUCCUGCUAGCUACAGGCCCAUCAGUCUCUGCUCUGUGCUUCGCAAGUUGAUGGAAUUGUGUCUCUAUCCCGAUCUCUUGGCUACUGCUCCUGAAUUGGAUCCUGUGCAAGAUGGUUUUCGUGAGAAUCGCAGCACGCUUGAUUCUGCUCUUGCUCUACAUGAACUUUGUCGCCAACAUACUGUGGAUCAUCAUGGUGAACCGCCUGUUUUGUGCUUUUUGGACAUCCAACAAGCGUAUGAUACAGUGCAUCGACCUGUCAUUUGGCGUGCUCUCGAAACCCAUGUGUCUGAUCCCAUGCUCGGUAUUCUGCAAUCUUUGUUUGACAAUGUCAAGAUUGAGACUUUGGUAUCCGGUGCUCGCUCUCCUUCAUUCUGGCCAUCUACUGCGGUGUUGCAGGGAUCCAUCUUGAGUCCCUUUUUGUACUCACACUACAUUAAUACUCUCCCUGCACUCCUACUCCCUGGCUGA